AUGUUGGCCAUCCACAAGUAUUCAAUAUGCAGAAUCUCCCUUCUAUCGUCUUGGUCUGACACCCUUGCGAUGAACGCGUUGCUGAAGUUUUUCAGCUUUGUCUGCCUUGCCAUGAUAUCAGUCGGUGCACAGGAAGUCUUCAGUUGUGGUGGAUUCAUCAAAUCAGACCUUCCGUUCGAUUACAACCGAAUUAAGGUUCAACUUUACACCGACGAGGGCAAUUUGAAAUAUGAAACCGACUGUGCCCCAAACAAUGGCUAUUACAUGGUACCAGUUUACGUCAAGGGAAAAUACGUGAUUAAGCUGGAUCCGCCAAAAGGCUGGGGAUUUGAGCCUGAAUCAUUCAAGCUAGAAGUCGAUGGCCAACGCGACCCGUGCAGCAAGGGCGAGGACAUUAACUUUCACUUCCGCGGUUUUAUGGUGUCAGGGAAGGUGAUUCUUGCAAACGACGGUACGAGUUUGUCUGACGUCAACGUAGCUUUUCUGGACGGUGAAAAAAAGGAAGUAAAAAGCGUAAAGACGAAGAAUGGAUGGUAUCAGUUUCAUAUGGUGUAUCCCGGCGAUUACUUCGUCAAGCUAAACGAUCCCAGUGUGUGUGGCGAUCAGCGUCUAUUGCAUAUUCAAGUGAUAAACGACUCGAUUCUUAUCGAAGACAAUUUAAAAAUUCUGGGAUUCUCUUUGCAGGGAUACUUGAAGAAAGGUAGCGUCAGCGUCUCUGACACUGAAGUGAUGCUGUACUCAAGUGAAAAGUACAGGCCCUUCGAAUGCGAUACUGCGGUUGUUGCCGAUUUUGAACUACCUGCUAAGCUCAGCCACCUUUUCUACCUUUGCAAAGCAACCGCGAACGAGAACGGAAAGUUUGUGUUUCCAUGCGUUGCGCCUGGGCAGUACUAUAUUUUUCCUUAUGGACGAAAAGGGGGACUUAUAUACGACUUUUCGCCAAAAGUUAUGGAGGCGAAAAUCGUCACACAACCGCGCAUUCUUCAGGACCCGUUCUCGGUGGUCGGUCUCUCAGUUGUUGGCAGUGUCUUGUGGAAGCAUAAUGGGGCUGGCAUUAGCGAAGUGGACAUUUUUUUGGACAACAAAUUGGUGACUCGUACCAAUGCCAGAGGGAUUUAUAUUUUGGAAAAGUUGUCCGCUGGCUCUCACAUAAUCCAGCCAAAAAAAGAAGAUUUGGAAUUUCGCUCGCAGACCAUCGAUGUUUCUGAGAAGGAGGUUUCAAUUUCCCCUUUUGUGGUCGAAAGAUUUCAAUUGUGCGGUCGGGUGAUCAUCAGCGUUUUCCCACCUUCGGUGCCAAAGCUGACGCAGAGAAAGUUGUUGCUCACGAACAGCAUCACGAAGGAAGUUUUUUCACUGACUACUAAUUCGAAUGGAAACUUCUGUCGCCUGGUCAGCCGUGGAAAAUAUGUUUUAGAGGUGAACAUAGUGGUCAAAGACGAGGACAUCCACAACGUGGUUUUCCGACAAACCGGCUAUUUGUUCAGUCCCGUUUGUUCUCAUGAACUCACUUUAAAAUUCGUCUCAGAAGCCGAUGCUAAUCGCUCUGAGAUGCUACAUUUAAGGCCUGGAAAUAACUCGCUUUGUUUGCCGUUGGCAGACAAAUUCAAUUUCGUCAUCGAGUCUUGUCACCUCUUUGGAAACACGUCGUAUACUUACUUUCCAAACGAUGUUCCACCCACAGAAAAGACUACGCAUCUGAAAGCUGUUAAAAUUGAUCCCACUUCUGAUAAGGGCGCAACAUACUUCAUUCACUAUUUUGACUUUUACGCGACAACUGGGGAAGAUAUCACAUUGAGUCCGGAAUCGGAUGACUUGGUUUUUAUUCCAGAGUUCGUGAAAAUCACUGCUGAAGACGAUUGCUUGCAAUUGGGAAAGCAGUUCGUCGGUAGAGUUGGCCUUUAUCUGAAUGGCAAGAUUUUACCGCCUCUUCAAGAUAUUCAGAUCACGGUUACCAAUGACAAAAAGCCUGAAAUGGUUCUUACGAAGACGACCGAUGAAAAGGGCGAGUACAGUUUUGGGCCUUUUCACUCAUUGGAUGGUCUGCGAGUUGAGGCCGAAAAACCAGGGUAUUUUUUUGAACCUAUUCGUGGUCAGCUCGGUCAUUUCAAAGUAUCCAAGUUGUCUGAACUGUCAGUCGAGACCACCGAUGAGUACUUUGUUCGUCCAGUGCUGAAAGAGUACAGUUUCGAGCCUCAGCACAAAAUCGUGAAAAUCGAAGAAGGGACAUCGGUGGUUGUGAAGCUGCAAGGGAAAAGAGUAGCAUUCAGUUGUUCUGGAUCCGUUCAUUACCUGAAUGGCGAACCGGCUGCAGGAGUUGUUCUCGAAGCGUUUUCAGAAGCAUGUGUCCAGAUACACGAAGACGACGUCACAUCUGAGGUUGGAACUUACAAGAUACGAGGGUUAAAACCUCAGUGCGAAUACAUUCUUCGCGUUAAGAAGUCGAAUCUGAUCGGUCGACCGCUGCCAAUGCAGCAUAAGCUUUGGAUAACCAAUCACGACCGGGUAGACGUAAACUUUACGAUCUUUCAAGAACCGCUGACGAUGGACAUUAUGGGCCAUGUUAGGACAGAAGAGAUUGAGCACCUUUCGUCUCUAACGGCGCUGCUCUCAGAGAAGACCUCCAGCCUUGUACCUGUUCAUCGAGUUCCUUUGCAUCACUCGUCCUUCUUCUUUUUCCCCGCAGUGCCAAUGGACAACAGAACGUACGUUUGCCAGUUGGAGAGUUCACUGCCGAAUUUUUAUGUGAAAAACAUAACUCCACCACAGGUCACGUUUACGGCGAACAAAUCCGUUCAGUCCUUUAUAUUCGAGUUCCAUGCUAAGAGAAACUUGAUUGAGUCAGAGAUCUCUACCGGAAGUUACGCGUACUUCUUUCUAAGUUUGAUGAUCGUCAUCUUGUCGUACUAUUCGGACAACGUGAUCCACGCAUUACAAGUACAACUGGUAAAUCAGGUGUUUCCAUAUUGGAACUACGGAACUGUUAGCGAAGUGUUAAAUGGGAGAAGUGUCACUGCGAAAGAAGCAUCUGUUGACACACCAGGGGGAAAGAAGAAAACCAAGAUCCGAAAAAUUUAG